AUGAAUCAAAUGAAACAGUUGAUCACAAACGUAACAUCACCACGUGCUUUUCUUCCUCCUCACAGCAACAUGAACAUUGGAGGCAUCAUCUUCCCUCUCGAGCAGCAGUCCAGGGACGAGGACUCUGUGAUUUAUCACGGCAAGUACGACACGGAGGGCGUCCCGCACACUAAGAGCGGAGACCGGCAGCCUGUCCAAGUCAGUAUCGAGUUUAACAAGGCAGGGACAUUUGAGACAGUCUGGCAGGCGAAAUACUACAACUACUACAAGAGGGAGCACUGCCAGUUCGGAAACAAGUUCAGCAACAUCGAGUACGAAUGCAAGCCCAACGAGACACGGACCCUAAUGUGGAUCAACAAGGAGACGUUCAACUGAGUCAGCUCAUCCACACCAACACCAACCAGAGGACACCAACCAGAGGACACCAACCAGAGGACACCAACCAGAGGACGUCGGUCAGACAAGGAUUUGGUUUGAACAUCAGCAUCACAGUAAAAGGACAACUCUGGUAUCUGUAUUGUUUUCUGAUAAAAUGGGAGAAAAAAUCUGUAGCAGCUGUUCGAUGUUUUCAAAAUGUUUUUACUUUGAAGCUGCAUUUACUUUGAUUUGUGGCGGCUGAAUGAGAACCGUUUGAAAACCAUCGGUAAUAUUUAAAAAGUCAAAGACAAGUGCACACAGGAAACCAAAGGGACAGAAAAGGAAAGAUCUUCAAAAUGCAAUUUUCUCUGAAGGAGGUGCUCGUGUCCGGUAUUUUGGUCUCAGUGAUCAACCAUCUUUAGUUAAGUCGUAGUUUUAUUAUGUCUGUGCGAGAACCACAAAACGCUCCACAUGGGAAGUGGAGUGUGCUUUCAAAGCAGCGCAACCAACAACCAGACAUUUUGUCAAAUGGGCUUGUCAGCCAUCUUCUAAAUCUUUGAAUUACAUUUCAAGUCUGUGUAUCAGCACAGAAACAGGACGUGUUCAGUUUAGUUUCAUAACUGGAAUCAGGGGAAUCAGUCAUUCAGGUUGCUAACAGCACCAUUAAAACAACUAUCCACGGUCUGUGGCCUCUCUAAUGGUUCCGUUCAUGCUUGAGAUGUUUUAGUGUGAAUGUAGAGCUGCAGAACCUCAUUCAAACAUCAGCUGUGAACGGUUCCUCAGACCAGAAGAGGAGUUCUGUGUCUGGAUCAAACUGAACCUGGUUCUGUUGGUUCACAGUGAAAACACUUUGUUGGAGCAAUCACAGGAAGUAGAGACACAUGAAACCAUAGAAGAAGAGGAAGCAGCUGCAGUCUUCACCUCUACUACUAGAAUCCUUGGAGUCUUUGAGAAAUUGGACAUUUUCAGGGGGAAGUAAACUACGACUUCCUUAGUGCACUUUAGCAAAAUCCAAUCUCUGAUCUUAAAAUCCGGCUGGGUGCAGGUCAUUCUUUUUGAACUGUGGCUCAUGUGGCUCAUCCAGCUGCCCGUUACAAAUUAGAAAAAAUACACCUGCUAGCUAACAAGCUUAUUGUUUAACCAUCCCCAACCAACCCCACUGUGUCAGGACAUUAAAGAUACAGCGUGACAGUCUAACGCUAACUGCUGCCAGAACCACGAUGUCUCCACUUCACAUUUCUAAUUCAGAUGUAGUCUUUAAAUCAGACUUGUAGCUUGUUUGUCUCUGAUUGAGUUAAAUGGAUUUCCCCUGCUUCCAGUGUUUGUGCUAAGCUAGGCUAACCACUCGCCCUAUCGCUGUGUUCGAUGCCAAGACUUGAUCCUCUCGUUAGUCUUAACAUCACUCUCAGAAUAAAUGAGUGUUGUCCUCAGAAUGACCCAGUUUGUCCUUUAGUGAAAAAGAAUUGUGAGAACUACCCCUCUAAAACUAACACUGAGCAUAGCUAGCAUGCUGUUAGCUGAAGGAUGGACGACACCUGUGGGUGGACGAUGUCUUUAACUUUAUUUAUUAACUGUGUCUGUGAAAGUUUAAGAGACAAGUGUGUACAUACUCGUACUCGUUAGUUAUUUUUGUUUAAUGGAAAAAUCCACAGAAGCUGUUUGAGAAAAUCACGUAUUUAUAUAUAAGUGUUAUAUUUAGCUUCAUCCGAAUCCUCGAUGUUAUUGAUAUUAAAAUAAUCACAACCUGAAUAUUAGUGUACAGGUAGUUCUUCAGAAUAAAAGCAUAAAGGUUUGGCUCAAAAGCUAUUGUGUUGAAACAGACCUUCGAAAAUCUGGAGGAACAUCACAACGUGGUGCUAAUGUUAGCAUUCAACUACUUCUUAGCUAGCCUUCAACCAACAUUUUAACACGGUGGAACAUAAUACGAUAGGAAAAGAGUUUUCAUUGCACUGGAAUCAAACCUGCUGCUAAAGCAUCAUGUAGCGUUUCUGAAGUGAAACGAUACAACAGCUCAAGUUCUUAUAAAAACAUGAUGUUCAAACAGUUGACAGCAACACAUCAGUUGGUUCUACUUCAGAUUCAGCAUUGAGUGUCUGAUGCUAACGUUAGCUCUGAAGUGGAUGAAUGCUAAUGUUAACUAGUGGUUGAAUGAGUGCAGCUGAUGCUUCACUUCUUUACAUUUGUGUUGUGUCAUGUACAUCUUGUGUUUGUUGGUUUUAUUUCGACGUGCAUGACUGGAUUCAUUUUGCCAAAUAUGAUCAGUGAGUUUUUGUUUUCGUCGUCUCAGUGCUUGAACUUUGCUGUUCGCUUAAAUUAUUGAAGAGUGUAAAGUGUCUGUGAAUAAACCAGUAA